GAGCGAGCCUUUCGCUCUCUCAACUCUGUCCCGCCACGCGCAGGCUCUCGCCGCCGCGGAAAUGAGCUGAUCUGCAUACUACAGGGCAAGGGCUCUUGACUGGGCGACGGGGGCGUGGUUAUAUGUAUCGUGUCGACGCUGCUGCUGCUGCUUCAGAUCAGACAACUUGACAGUCAUGGAACAUAAAGAGAUAUUACAGAUAACGACCGAGCAUGCGAUCGACGAAAAACCGCCGAUCAAAGAAGUCAAAACCAUCACAGGCACCGAAGCGUACAAUGAAGCGAUGCUUAAAGAGCCGCCGCGGCCCUUCAGCGGGCGCAGCAUGGUGCUGUACCUGUGCUGCCUGGUGGGCUUCUUCUGCUCGACAAUGAACGGCUAUGACGGCUCGCUGCUGAACGGACUGCUGAUGAACAAGGACUUCAAAGCCUUCUUCCACGGCUCCGAGGACGGCAUCUGGGCCGGCAUCGUCACGUCCAUGUACCAGAUCGGCAGCGUGGUUGCGCUGCCGUUUGUUGGGCCUGCCAUUGACUCUUGUGGCCGUAAGGGCGGUAUGUUCAUUGGCGCUGCGGCGAUUAUUGCUGGCACGCUGAUUAAUGCUACUACCUGGUGGACCGCGAGUGUAGGGCAGUUCGAGGCCGGCCGCUUCGUGCUCGGCUUUGGCGUGUCUAUUGCUUCGUCGGCGGGGCCUAUGUAUGUGGUUGAGACGACGCACCCAGCCUACCGCGGCGUUGUAACGGCGCUCUACAACACGUUCUGGUUCGUAGGCUCAAUUGUUGCGGCCGGCGCGAUCCGCGGCGCGCUCAACGACAAAGCAGCCAACAACUGGACGAUACCCAUCUGGUUGCAGAUGAUGUUCUCAGGGCUGAUUGUGCUGUUCGUGUGGUUCCUUCCCGAGUCGCCGCGGUGGCUGUACACGCGCGGCAAGCGUGAGCAGUGCCGCCAGGUGCUGACGACGUACCAUGGCGGCGGCAACCCCGACAGCGUGUGGGUGAUGCUGCAGCUGCGUGAAUAUGAGGAGUACCUCGAGCUCGAGGGCGCGGACAAGCGCUGGUGGGACUAUCGCUGCUUGUUCCGUGACCGCGCCAGUAGGUACCGUAUUGCGUGCAAUAUCGUCAUUUCCAUCUUUGGUCAGUGGGCGGGCAAUGCCGUCCUAACAUACUUCAUGUCCUCGCUCCUCACAUCCGCAGGCUACAAAUCACCCGUCGCAAAGGCCAACAUCAAUCUAAUCUACUCCUGUGAGCAAUUCGUAAUCGCCGUGCUGGGCGCGCUCUGCGUCGACAAACUCGGGCGGCGCUUCCUACUGCUAGCCGCGAACCUCGGCUGCGCCGUCGUGUGGAUCGGCAUGACGGCCGCGACGGCCGUGUUCGCGCAGCGCGGCGACGUCGCCAGCUCCAAGGCCGCAACGGCCAUGAUCUUCCUGUUUGGCGCCGUGUUCUCGUUCGGCUUCACGCCGCUGCAGGCGCUGUAUCCCGUUGAGGUGCUGAGCUUUGAGCAGCGGGCUAAGGGCAUGGCGUUUUCGAGCUUUGCGCUUAACGCCGCUAUGCUGCUGAAUCAGUUCGCGUGGCCGGUAGCUAUGCAGCGCAUUGGGUGGCACACGUACAUUAUCUUUUUGGUGUGGGAUGUCAUCCAGGCGGGCGUGGUGUAUUUGUUUAUUCCGGAGACCAAGGGACAUACGCUCGAGGAACUCGACGACAUUUUCGCGGCCAAGAACCCGCGUAAGGCGUCGACGCAGCGCCGCGUCGUUGCGCUCGACCACGAUGCGAAUGUCGUGCCGGUCGAGGCGCCGACGUAUGCGUAGGUAGGUCGCGUUGUGCUGUAGACGGUAGAGGAGAGGGGAGACGGGUGUAGAGGAAGAGGAAUGUGGGUGCAAGGGCCAAGACGAGACGAGACGAGACGUCUAGAGAGGUCUAGAGAGACUUAGACACACACACUCUCUCUCUCUCUCUCAGAGACGAA